GUGUGUUGACCCCAUGACAGUCUGUUGGGUCGAUUCUCGGCAUCGAGCAUAGUCUGUGUUCUUUGUUGUAUGAUGGUACACUUAAUGGAUAACAAAGGGACAGCUGCUCGCGUACAGGACUGCAAUUCUGGAGAUACACUGUCUAUUGCAUCGGUGAAUUCCUAUACGAAAGGCUGCUACAAAAUCGCUCCAAGUUCAUACCACACUGCACAACAACCUAGAUGGGACCGGAUCAUGGUAGCUUCAGCAGACCCUGACGAUCCCGAAGCCCGGGUGGACGAUCCCAUGCCGAGGGGCUACAGAUUCGUCCCUCAAGGCAACGUAUAUAUCACCAAGUACUGCCGCAAGUUGACGCACGACGCACAAAAGACCCUGUAUGUGGUACUCGACGACAGGAACAAGCCGAUAGGCCUGCGAUGCCCAAUACACAUCUACGAAACCGUCAGGAGCCAGAACAAGACAACAGCCGCGCAGCGAGCAGUAGCCGUUCAGAAGCGGGACGCCGCCAUCGAGGAAAAGUUUGAGGAAGCUCUACUGAAGCUCUUCCCCGAUAUCCCCAAAGCCGAAAUCCCGCUAAUCCUCAAGCAUGCGCUCAAGAAGCACAGUCGUCGGGUAGGCAGGGCCGGCAAGCUGGCCUUGCAAGACAAAGUGAAGCUUGCGGUGCGCGCACACAUCCGGCACGUGCACACCGACUACGAUAUGCUGCUCAAGCAGGGUACGAGCAGGCCGGUCGCGAGGGAGAAAGUCUGGGGCAGGCUUAACGAGAUUGCCAGGCAAUGGGGUGGACGGCUCCUUAAAACGAUGACCCCGACACCGGCCACGGGGAAGCAUGCCAGAAAGAGCAAGACGGUGACGGCUUCCACAAGAAGGACCGAAGCAACAGCAGGGGCGAAGAAGGCUACGAUUGCCACCGCAGCGCGGCGCCAUCGCAAGCGCACCCGGCUGAUGAGUAGAAAUGCCUUGGAACUGUCGUCAGGCAGUCACGGGGGCCGCACCAGAGCGGUGAAGCCGGAGCAUACGGGCCUUCGCGUGCACACGCGGUCGAUGACAAGCGGGUCAGGGCUGUUAGCACUUGACGUGUUUAAGGACGAUGAGAAGCUGCCUGAGGAAGUCGAGGUUGAGGGUGAUGCCUUCACUAGGAGCGACGAAGACUACUGCGACAGCGAUUGCAGCGAGGAGGAGCAUAUGGAGCCCGCCUCACGUCGACUGAUAUGCCGGAGAGCUAGGUACGGAUGAGCGUAUCAUGUGAAGGGUUUCCCCCGAAGUCAUGUCGGCUUCGCUAUAUGUUGUUGGAAGGAGCACAUGUCGAUGAAUACCAGUUAGCGAACAGAUCGAGUACCGGCCGGGACAUGCUGUCCAAGCGGUAGUGAAACCGAGGGGACCCCGAUGUACAACGGACGGCACUGAGUGGCAUGCCUUCCAGGUCCACAUGGUAUACCUUAUUCGGCCUCGAUUACUUCAGCCUUCGGGGCGGGAAUAUCGAAUGUCGGAAGUAAGGUGGCCUGGCUUACGGGACUCCGUGGGUGAAGUCGCUGCAGCUACUACCUAGUAUGGAAGGUAUUGACGAGAUGACGGAUGUUCAAGGGACGCUGGGAAAGGAAGUGGCGAGCUAAGCAUUCUGGAUCCCUGGAUGAUACGAUACUACCUGGGGUAUGUGAUUGACUUAGAAAGAGGACUGGACACGGCCCAGGUCCGGUCCUGAAAGAC